GGCCGUGGUGAGUUCUCUCCUUGUUGAGUGAAGAAAAGCUCGCUUUCUCUGGGUGCGCUCAGCUCGAGAAGAAGGGAGCGGUGCUAACGUCUGAAUCAAAGUCCUUACCUACAAAACUCCUCUAAAGACACUUCAGCGAUGGCGGAGGCCCACCAGGCGGUGGCGUUCCAGUUCACCAUAACACCGGAGGGGAUCGAUCUGCAGCUGUCCUACCAGGCCCUGAACCAGAUCUACCAGUCCGGAGUACGAUCCUGGAAGAAACGAUGCAGCCGCCUGAGGAACCGGGUGAUCAAGGGAGUGUACCCUGCCAGCCCUUCCUCCUGGCUCUUUGUCGUCAUAGCGAUCCUGGCUACCAUGUACAUGCGCUCGGAUCCCAGCAUGGGGCUCAUCACGAUGAUACAGCAGCACCUGCCACUAAGGUACACGGGGACCUCUGCCUUCACCUUCUUAAAGGGACAGUGUAGAGUUUUAAGUGGUGCCGUAUGAGGUGCUUAUUUUACGUAUUUUAGCCACCUAAUAAAAUCAAUAUCCCUUUAAGUGUGCGCUAUUUUUAGACUGUUUUCAUUCGUCAGACAGCCCUCUCUGACGGGGAGCUGAAGCCGCUCUCUCUGCUUCCUCCAAAGGCAACCGGACUCCAUUCACAAAACCUUUUUACCAUGUCAGAACACCAGAGUUGCUGGUCUACCGCUGCCUCAAUCGGUUGGUUUGUUUGUGUUAAUGUGUGACUUUGGUGAACCCGAGCUAACCCGUAAAACACCAAAGUCACACAUUAACACAAUACACACUACAACACUCAACAACAGGAGUCUGGUAGCUUUGAAGAGAGAAUAGAAACUGCCUCCAGAUCCCCGAGAGGGCUGUCUGACGAAUGAAGAUAUUCUAAAUAUAGCGUACACUUAAAGUACUUUCUCUAAACUGGGGGCGUGCCGACGGACAUCUACUGUAGCUAAUACGUUAACUAUGGAUAAAUGCCUCUCACAACCCAAAUUCAAGUGACCCAAAAUAACCCUUUUUAAGUUGGAGGAGAUGGCUGAUCUUUUCUCUGUUGCACAUAAAGCUGGCGAUGUAUUUAAUCAGCUGGAGUUUAAAAUAUCCACAGCAGCAUCUUGGCAUUGCCUUGUGGUCACUCGCGAAGUUUACAUUCUCAAAGAGUUCUUACAAUAACAACACCAUCUGCUUCUCUGACUUUCAAAUUCUGCAUGAUGGAUGCGGAUAAGAAGUAGUAACGCAUGAACGCUCACUCUUAUCGUAUCGUAUCGCACGCUUAUUUUACACGGCUGUCACCGGGUCGCUGCUGUGACUGUGUUGCCGGGAAACGUGAAUGCCUCAGAAAUCCGGUAUUAGUUGCACUUUAGAAGUGCUGCCAGCUGAAAGUGACAGCUCCACUUCAAAAA